GUGGGGGGGGGGAGGUUCGUUUCGUUUCCUCCCCCAGCAGAGUCAGUCCUCCGAGGGGUAAUAAAGCGAGAGAUUCGAGGGGGCUGUUGUGUUCACCUGAAACAGGGACUGCGCAUUGGGGUCCUUGGGAGGUGGUCCUUGGGAGGCGGUGGCCAGGGUGUUUGCCCUCCCCCUGGAUGUGGGCAGAGCAAGGGGAGGGGCUGUGUCUCCUCCGGUGCCUGGAGAGGCUGCCAGAGUUUGAAGCUGGGGCUUUCUGGAGCGGAUGCUCUUUCCAAAGUGGGCCCCUUGGGAUGUGGGAAGAGCAGGGAGCCUAUGCGGUGCAGCAGAAGAUGCCAGGCAGGCAAGUGGAGAGGACCGAGGGAGAGCUCUGUUGGGAAAGGGGAGAAGAGGCUUGGGCUGGGAUCUCUGUAUCCUACACAGGGAAACAGUCACUAGCUAGAAUCUUCAAACUUCCAUCCAGCUGCAAGACAGGAUGUAAUGCUGGAGGAAAAGGAGGAGGUUGGCAAAUCAGCUCAUCUGCCUGGAGCCCUUGCUCUUGAUUUAAGAGAGAAAUCUGGCUGGAGAGCAAGGAGAGCUUUGGGUAUUCCUAGACGCUGCCUUCCUUGCACAGCAGAGCAAAGAUGGAAGAUGCUAACUCCGUGGGCCCUAAAGUAGUUAGAGGCGGUGAGGUUGGAAGCAGUGGGGAAUUCUGGGACAAACUCCAGCACAAGAUUCCAGGAGAGGAUACUGCCAGCUCAGAGGCCCAGCGCCAGCACUUCAGGCACUUCUGCUACCAGGAGACCAAGGGGCCCCGAGAGGUUUGCAGCCGACUCCACAGCCUUUGCUAUCAGUGGCUGAAGCCAGAAAAACACACAAAAGCUCAGAUGCUGGACCUGGUGAUCCUGGAGCAGUUCUUGGCCAUCCUGCCCCUGGAGAUGGUGAGCUGGAUCAGGGAAUGUGGAGCGGAGAGCAGCUCCCAGGCGGUGGCCCUGGCAGAAGGUUUCCUCCUGAGCCAGGCAGAGGACAAGAGGCAGGCACAGUGGCAGAAGCAGGAGGCAGAAUGGGCAGAGAAGGCCCCAUCAAGCCCCAUGCAGAGGCUGCUGUGCAAGAGCAUCACAGAGGAACACAAGAGAGGGGCCCCCUUGCUGGGUGUAAGAGUGGCCUUAGUGCCUGAUUCGAAAUCGACCCCUCUUUGUACUGGAGCCGGAGAAGCAACUGUGUGUCCUCCUCAGGGUCCGGUGUCCUUUGAGGCGGUCUCUGUGUGUUUCACGGAGGAGGAGUGGGCUCUGCUGGAUCCUGGCCAAAGAUCUCUGUACAGGGAAACCAUGCUGGAGAAUUAUGGGAUGGUGGCCUCUCUGGGUGAGAGGAGCAACAUGGACAAUUCUGUGGGAAAGCAAGAGUUGCUUUUGGGAAAGACCAGUCAUGAAAUGGAGGAAGAGAUCUACGGGGAUCAAGAGGAACCAAGGAGGCAGGAAGGGAUCCAAGGAGGUUGCCCAGAAAUUCCAGCCCAACGAAAGCAUCAUGAUGGAAAGGGAAUGAAAACACCACCUGUGUGUGUGAAACCAUUCAGUAGUAUAUCGAGCCUUGAUAGCUACUGCAGAACCCAAAUGGAGGAGAAGCCAGAUCCAUGCUCAGAGCACAGGAAGGGCUCACAGCUGAUCUUCCAUCAAAGUAGCCAGAAAGGGGAGAAUGCUGCUGGGAAUGGAGAUGAAUCAGAGAUGCAGGACAGAAACCCAAUGGAGACUCCAAGGGAUGAAUUUGAUGCUUGUCAGAGGGAGGAUUUCCAUCUCAUCUCUAGAUUACAAGAACAAAAGAAAGUAAAGGGAAAGUGCCGUGGUCAGGAAAAGACCUUCAGUAGUCAUCUAAGCCUUAAGUCAUAUAAAAGAAGCCACAUUCUGUACAGAUGUUUGGAGUAUGGAAAGAGCUUUAGUCAGAGUUCAACCUUAACAACCCAUCAAAGAAUCCACACAGGGGAGAAAACAUUUCAAUGCCCGGAGUCUGGAAGGAGCUUCAGUCACAGCUCAGACUUCAGUACCCAUAAGAGAUCCCAUAGAGGGGAGAAGCGAUAUAAAUGCCUGGAAUGUGGAAAGAGCUUUAAUCGGAGCUCAGCCCUGUCUAGGCAUCAAAUAAUCCACACAGGGGAGAAACCAUUUAAAUGCCUGCAGUGUGGAAAGAGCUUUAAUCAGAGCUCAAACUUAAAAGCCCAUCAAAGAAUCCACAGAGCGGAGAAACCAUUUAAAUGCCUGGAGUGUGGAAAGAGUUUUAGCCAUAAUUCAAAAUUUACUAUCCAUCAAAAAAUCCACACAGGGGAGAAACCAUUUAAAUGCCUGGAACGUGGAAAGAGCUUUAAUCAGAGCUCAAGCUUAACAGCCCAUCAAAGAAUCCACAGAGCAGAGAAACCAUUUAAAUGCCUGGAGUGUGGAAAGAGUUUUUGCCAUAAUUCAAAACUUACUAUCCAUCAAAGAAUCCACACAGGGAAGCAACCAUUUAAAUGCGUAGAGUGUGGAAAGAGCUUUAAUCAGAGCUCAAACUUAACAGCCCAUCAAAAAAUCCACAGACUGGAAAAACCAUUUAAAUGCCUGGAGUGUGGAAAGAGUUUUUGCCAUAAUUCAAAAUUUACUAUCCAUCAAAGAAUCCACACAGGGGAGAAACCAUUUAAAUGCGUGGAGUGUGGAAAGAGCUUCAGCUGCAGCUCAGCCCUGUCUAGGCAUCAAAAAAUCCACACAGGGGAGAAACCAUUUAAAUGCCCAGAAUGUGGAAAGAGCUUUAAUCAGAGCUCAAACUUAACAGCCCAUCAAAGAAUCCACAGAGUGGAGAAACCAUUUAAAUGCCUGGAGUGUGGAAAGAGUUUUUGCCAUAAUUCAAAAUUUACUAUCCAUCAAAGAAUCCACACAGGGGAGAAACCAUUUAAAUGCCCGGAAUGCGGAAAGAGCUUUAAUUGGAGCUCAAACUUAACAACCCAUCAAAGAAUCCACAGAGCGGAGAAACCGUUUAAAUGCCAGGAGUGUGGAAAGAGCUUUAUCAAGAAGACAGACUUCAGUAGCCAUCAAAGAGUUCAUCUUGGGCAGACCCCUUUGGGUGAAACACACUAGGCAAGGCCAAGGAGCUUACAUCUAGGAGUGCAUGCAGAGGAGACACCUCUUGUGAUUAAUUUGGCCUCACUUUAUUCUUUGUGGGUUUUUUUACUACUCUUAAGCUACCACUGAUGUAAAGAUUCAACAGGAACAUUAACGUGGCACACGAUUCCCCUCAUGUGGAGUCAGAUGGCAAUCCAGAACAUGGAAACUGCAAUUAUUGGCCCUCACCAUUCAAUUGUAUUUCAUUUCUCAGAGGAAUCCACCGUAUCACUAAUUGGAACAUAACAUAUAGAAGGGAAACCCCAAAAGGGCAUCUGGGUGUAAUUUCACUCUUUGAUGUCCCAUCUUCCAAAUGGCAGGCUUAUCAUUUGUUCACAUCUAAUUUCCUGUGCAUUUGGAGGAAACUCACCUUAGCCAUAUCCUGUCCUUUGGUAGAAACAGAUCAGAUCAACUUUGACUCAUGAUUAUUUUUAGGGUACAGUUUUGUAAGCCAGCGUGGAAUGUGGAUGAAAGAUGAGUGAUGGGGUGGGGGAAGAUGACCAGAGAGACUUCUUGAUAUUCUCAGAUGAAGCAAUCAGUCUGCAAGCACCUUAAAACUACACUUGAUUGCAUUCUCGAAGACCAAGAUCCCCCCACCCUUUUAUGGACAGACCAGCUUGCUUUACAGUGGAUUUGAAAUAGCUGAAAUGGUCCUGGAAGCUUGAAGAGUUUCAGCUGAGCAUUUGGCAGAUGUGUGAGCUCUAGAACAUCUGCAAGUUUUUAAAUUGGCAUCAGAGUGAGUAGCCGGGGGUUAACAGGGCCUGGAAUUCCCCAGGAACCCUGUGAGUGGUCGCCAGAUCCAGCCAGAGACCAACCAGAUUCAAAAGGGGGCUUCCCCCUCUUUUUGGAAGGAGUGGCCAAUAGAGCGACUUCCUGUUUUGGUGAUUCAGUCUGUUGGAAGCUGGAGAGAGAGCAGCCGGAAAAGGCUGGAGUCACACUCCCCACGUCCCCCAGGAUCCUCAGUGGGAGGCCUGGACUGAGAAAGCUGAAGGGGAAGCUGCAGAAAAAAGAAAACUGCCAUCUGAGAAAAAACAGUGGUGGGGAACAUUCUCAGUUAGAUAUUGCAUUAGGGGUUUUUUGGUCUUGGUUUGCUCAUGAAUCCUACAAGCAAGCUGAUUUGUUUUGCCUAUUACCAGCUCUUAUUCUUUCCCAAUAAUCAAGUGCAUUGGAGAAUUAACUCUUUUUCCUAUAUAAAACUGGUCUGGAAUGCUCUUCGGGAAAGCGGGGGGGGGGGGAGUUCCCUAGCACCACAUUAACAAGCCAUGGAGCCUAGGGGUCCCCAUUUGCUUUGGUCCUGUGCGGAUUUUUAAUUUUAUUCCUGUUGGAUGGUUGGUGGUCUGGGUCUUCUACUCAACCCAGCUCAGGAUACCCAAAGAAAAGGGGAAUCAGGACUCCACCCUAAAGGAGAAUAGGUGGUGGCAGUAAGCAUUACCAGCCUAGAAGACCAGUCCCUUUAGUGGGAGUCAUUCACCCUGUAACCACGGAGGGGGUCUUCCCAGUGGGUCUGGAGGGCACCCUGCUGCAUGGUGGCGGUGGUGGAAUUUGAAGGACACUAGGGGGCGACCCAGAGUUCUAGAGCAUUCAGGUUUUGAGGAGAGGUUGCCAUUGUUCCUCUGUUUGUGCUGUAGGUUAUUGAAGAGUGGCAAGGAAUCCCUGUACACCAGCCCUGCACAGCGGGUCCCAGGGAGCAAAAUGGCUGAUCUAGAAACUUCCUUGCCUGAUGUCAACCCAACAGACUGUCCCACUCUUGGGGAGCUGGCAGAACAGCUAGAAUUAAAGAAGCUCGAGAUACGGGGGGGAAGGGGGAAGAAGCCCUGAAACGAGUGGGUGAAGAAACUUAUGGUGACCUUGUUGACAGGUGGAAUGUGGUUUCCUAGACAGGAUGGUAAAUGUUAAACAAAGGAGCCCGCUGUAAUGGAAACAUCUGUGCGUUUAUUAAUGUGCAAGCUGACGCUUAUAUACUCUUGUUGCAAUUUGCGAGUUUCUGGCAAGCUUUAAUUGUAUGUGAAGCAGGUGUAUGCCUUGGAGCCCCCAGUUAUUCCCACCUUCUACCUCUCCCCACGGCUCCCAAUCUUUGUCUGGGUCUAUACAUCGAGAGAGUGGCUGAAGACGCACCAAGAAAGCUGAGGACUGACAGUUUAUUAUUUAUUAUUUAUUUACGUGUUCGAUUUUUAGACCGCCCUUACAGAGUAGCUCAGGGCGGUUCACAAAUAUCAUCAAACAGUGAAAAUCAAUCAAUGAUUGGAAUUGAAAAUUUUAAAAUACAAUAAAACAGCUAAAAAAUAAACAAUUUAGAACCUUAUAAAAACCUGAUAUAUUAAAAACCCUUUAAAACAGUGUAAAAACCCUGGAAGGCCAGGCCGAACAAGUAGGUCUUUAGGGCUCUCCUAAAUGCCAAUAAACAAUUCAAAUUAUGGAUUUCUGCAGGGAGCGCAUUCCACAAUCUAGGAGCGGCUACAGCGAAGGCCCGCCUCUGGGUCGCCACCAGAUGAGCCGGUGGCAACUGGAGCCAGAUCAGUUGUGGUUGGGAUCACCCAAGGCCAGAAGAGCUCUAAUUAACAUAGAACAUCCGGUGAAGCCUUGGGUUCGAAACACUUGCGGUUGGCUUGAAAAAGCAACGGGCAGCACCUGUGUCAGAAUUCCAGAUUUGGGUGUCUGCUUGUGUAAGAGCUACUGCUACUGUGGACGUUUAUAUACCUCACCUCAACCUAAGUUCUCAAAGCGAUUUACACAGAAAAAAUAAUGCUAUAUAAAUAAGCUGGUCCCCUGUCUCCAAAGCGUUCACAAUCUAAAAAGAAACACAAGGCAGAUACCGGUAGCAGCCACUGGAGGAAUGCUGUGCUGGGGUUGGAUUGGGCCACUUGCUCUCCCCCUGCUAAAUAUAAGCGAAUCACCACUUUAAAAAUGUACCUCUUUGCACAGUUAGCAGAGUUGGCCAGAUCCUGGUUAUUCCUGGUUCUUACCAAGUCCAAAGCUGAGGAACUGCUCGAGUGCGCAGAGCAGAUAGAUGUAGAGAUGAUGCAGGGAAUUGGAGAGGUGACAUUUGCCAAUGGAUUGAUUUGACUUACUGACCUGAGAGCUGAUUUGGCCAAGGAGGCAACGAAGAAGGCCAGAGGGUACAUCUGUCCUUACCCCAAGGGCCAAAGAUCAGAGGAGGAGAUCCAGUUUCUUUCUCUCCAAAGUGUGUUGAUGCUCUUUGCUCUCCAUGCACCAACUUCUGCAUCAUCUCUACAUCUAUCUGCUCUGCGCACUCGAGCAGCUCCUCGGCUUUGGACUUGGUAAGAACCAGGAAUCACCAAGGUCUGGCCAACCCUGAUAUGCUGCACCUGAAAUGGACUCUCUCCCUUAUCCCCUCUUUCCCCCGCCCAUUCCCUUCAUUUAGAGUUGUAACAUGGUAAGUUAGGAUCUAUCUAUCUAUCUAUCUGUAAAAGUAACAAAAUAUGUUACCUGGUGUGAUAUUUUGGCUCUUUGCACACAACCACUAAAGGAAAGAAUCUCAACUGGGGGGUGAUUUGACAGAGUUAAGGGUUAAAUUUAUCUGUGGUGAGCAACUGCUGGGAGGUUGGGCCUUUCCUAAUAAAGGAGGAAGCCUGGGAAAAUCAAAAAGAAUGGACCAAUCCGAGGACUGAGACUGGCACAGAGACACCAGCCAGCAGAAGAAGAGAGUUUCCCCUCCGCCUUUAGUCCCAAGAGUGCCCCAGGAAGCAGCUGGCUUUGAUGCUGCUGGGGAAAUAGGUAGACAACAGCUGAGGAGGCUGGAAGCAGCAGUCUAUGAGUUAGGCUACAGUUCAAUUAGAGGCAUGAGGGAAGUUAUUUUCCUUUAUUGUUUUGUCUGAAUCUGAGUUGCCAGGUUAAUGAAAACUUUCUCUCUUGCAAUCACUGGCUCCGUUUGUUUUCUGGGCCCACUUCAAAGUGCUAGUUUUAACCUUUAAAGCCUUAAAUGUCUUGUGACAAAACAGAUUGUGAGGAGCUCCAAAAGGAUCUCUCCAAACUGGGGGAAUGGGCUAAAAAUGGCAAAUGUGAUUCAGUGCAAAUGUAAUGUGAUGCAUAUUCAGGCAAAAAAACAAAACAAAACACCCCACAUAUAUGCUGAUGGGAUCUGAGCUGUUACUGACUGUGAGAGGGAUCUUGGGGUCAUGGUUGACAGCUCGUUGAAAGUGUCAGCUUAGUGUGCUGCAGCUGUGAAAAAGGCCAAUUCCAUGCUAAGGAUCAUUAGGAAGGGGACUGAAAACUGCUAAUAUUAUAAUACCCUUGUACAAAUCUAUGGUGCGGCCACACUUGGAGUACUGCAUACAAUUCUGGUCACCAUACCUAAUGAAGGACAUUGUAGAACUGGGAAAGGUGCAGAAGAGGGCAACCAAGAUGACCAGGGGCCUAGAGCACCUUCCUUAUGAGGCAAGCCUACAACACCUGGAGCUUUUUUAGUUUAGAGAAAGGACGACUGCUGGGAGACAUGAUAGUGGUCUAUAAAAUCAUGCAUGGUGUGGAGAACAUUGAUAAGAGAAAUUUUUCUUCUAGAACCAGGCAUCACCCCAUGAAAUUGAUUGCCAAGAAAUUUAGGACCAACGAAAGGAAGGUCCCUCUUUUUCACACAAGAGUCAACAUGUGGAAUUCUCUGCCACAAAAUGUGGUGACAGCCAACAACCUGGAUGGCUUUAAGAGGGGUUUGAAUAACUUAAUGGAGGAGAGCUUGCUACUAGUUGGAGGGCUGUAGGCCACCUCUAGCCUCGGAGGCAGGAUGCCUUGGCGUACCAGUUGCAGGGGAGUAACAGCAGGAGAGAGGGCGUGCCCUCAACUCCUGCCUGUAGGUUUCCAGCAGCAUCUGGUGGGCCACUUUGUGAAACAAGAUGGUGGUCUAGAUGGGCCUUGGGCCUGAUCCAGCAGGGCUGUUCUUAUGUUCUUAAAUGAAAAUGUAAAAUGCCUGAGUGAACAAAAAGAUCUUCACCUGGUGUCUAAAAGAACAAAGUGAUGAAGCCAGGCAAACCUCACUGGAGGGGCUAUUCUAUAAACGGGGCGCAACCACUGAAAAGGCCCUCUCCCUAGUAGCCACCCACCUUACCUCGUUUGGCGAGGGCCUCUGAAGAUCUUACAUUCCAGGUUGGGACAUAUGGGGCAAGGCACUUUUUCUCAGGUAACCUGGUCUCAAGACAUUCUUCUGGAAGUAACCAGAAGUAUCUGACGUGCCUGUGUGCACCAGGCACAUGUACAUCAUGCCCACCGUGCGGGCUGCUGCAUCGGAUACUUCUGGUUACCUCCAGUAAAGGUGGCAAUGGGGUGGCAGGGAGGUAUGCUGCUGCCAUGAUCGACUUUGCAAAAAUGGAGCGCUGGUGUGGGGAAAGCGGAGGGAUGGGUAAGUGCAUGCUCCCCUGUCCUUAAAGCAGUACCCCCUGCCUUCGAACCAGUGGAAUCACCUGCCCUUUGAACCGGUUCCGUGUAUCUCUCUACUUCAGGGAGGUAUGCCGGCAGAAUAAAAGCAGCAGGGAAGGUAAGGGCACCCUCCCUGACCCUUAAAGGUCCCCCCUGCCUCCGAACCAGCUCAAACGCUGGACUACCGAACCAGUGCAGCACUCCGUAAAAGGAAUGCUUAACCAGUUCGUGCAUAUCCCUACUCAGCUGAGCCUGUUGUUCUAUGUGCUUUAACAUUUUAUCCUUCAGAAUGUUUUCCAUCAAUUUUCUCAGAACAGAUGUUAAGCUAACUGGCCUGUAAUUUCCCAGAUCCCCCCUGGAUCCCUUAAUAAAUAAAUAAAUAAAUAAAUAAAUAAAAUCAGUGUUACAUUGGUUACUUUCCAGUCCUCUGGUGCAGAGCUUGAUUGUAGGGAUAAGUUAUAUAUCUUUGCAAGUAGGUCAGCAAUUUCACACUUCACUUCUUUAAGGACUUGGGUAGAUGUCGUCUGGCCCUGGCAAUUUUCUAAUUUUUAAUUUUUCCAGACAGUUUACAAUGUAAUCUCUUGUUACCUUUAUCUGACUCAGUUCUUUAGCCUCUGUUCCUGAGAAGCCCGGUUCAGGCACAGGCAUACACUCAGUAUCCUCUGCCGUGAAGAGAGAUGCAAAGGACUCAUUUAGCUUCUCUGCAACCUCCAUAUCCUCUUUAAUAAUCCCUUUCACUCCUCCAGGCCACACUGAUGAAUUUUAUACGAACUACCUGCUUUCCAAUUUUAAAGAAACGGUUUUGGGCUGUGUGGCCAAGUUUUGUUAUAUUGCCUGUAAAAUAUGCAAACAAUUUACCAUCUAAAAUGGUUAUCUUGAAUAUGUUUAUUUUAUGCUGGUCAGUGACCAAAAUAAAGGAUUCUGAUUCCCUUUCA